AUGGAACUUCUCGAUCGAGAGCCGAGACGGUCAGCGCCGAUAUUGCCCCGAGAAGGCCUUCAAACACCGGCGUGCACGCGGCCCAGGCCCUCGGUCGAGCCAGACCCUUUCAGCCGGUAUGUGGUUCACGAGCAGCAGGAGCAGCACGCCUGCCUGCAUGAGCACCUGGGAGGCGACGGCGAUGCGGACGUUGUCCGGCCUGGACGCCCACUCUAUGCGCAUCGCGCACGCCAGGACCCGCUCGCCGGAGAAGAGGAACGUGAUGGCCGGGAUGACGCGGUCGUGGCCCUUGCGUCGUGGGACUCGGCCAAGAGCAUGGAGAUGGUUGCUGCUGUGGCAUGCAGGAACAGGAAAACGGCCAGUGGCGGCACGGCGACUGGUAUUGAGGGAAUUCCUCCUAUCUGA